AAAUUCAAAGUGCUAGCUAACAUAACACCAUAUAUAUAUAUAUAUAAGCACUUCAUUUUUCUUGGAAUAUGUUACGUAUAUCUCUUGUGUUACUUUUUCUUUACUGCAUGCAUAUAGUGGAAGAAUGGCCAUGUCAAGUGACGAAGCUUAUCAUGAAAACGAGAGAAAAUUGAAGGAUAGAAAAGAAAAGAGGAAGUUAUGUCGUUCUAGUCGUCAUAGCAGAGAUAAAUUUCAAGAAAGAUUGGAUUUCAAGUUCUAUGAUUUCAAGGCUCUUGAGAUUGAAAAAGGGUGGAACCAGCUUUUUGUUUCUAUUAUUUGUAUAGAAACUGGGGAAACCAUAGCCAAGUCUGGCAAAGCAUUAGUAAAAAAUGGAGAGUGUGAUUGGGAAGACUCUAUGUUAAGUACCAUUUGGAUUUCUGAUUAUUCUCUACAAGAUAAUCAAGCCUGCCUUCUUAAGCUUCUUGUAGCAAUGGGAUCUCCCAGGUUUGGGACCCUUGGCGAAGCUACCAUUAAUUUAUCAAGUUACAUUGGGCAAGAAACAUUUACUGCAUCAUUGCCUUUGAUACAUCAUUGUUCACGUGGGGCAAUCUUACAAGUUAAAAUUCAGUGUUUGACACCAAGAAGAAAUUACAGGAAAGAUGCGAAUUCAUAUGGGGAGGAAAUGAGUGUUGGCUAUGAUGAUGUGGACAGUAUAUCCAAUGCAUCUGACACUACAUUCAGCAGGACUAGUAUCUCCUCCUCACAUUGUGACCAGUCAGAAAAUAUAUUUUACCUAGGAGAACUUGGCAGUAAGAGAAGAGGUCCACUGACAACAUGUUCAGAUCAUGACAUUGGCUCUUUGGAGAGUUCCUUUCCCUCUUGGAUUGAAAACUUAACCCAACAAAGUAAUGUCAAUGGAUGGAAGACUAAUGUACAAGAGAGGCAAGACUCAACCUGCUCUAAGGAUGGCCCCUAUUCACUCGAUGAUACUUCCACGCUGAAACAUGCAUCCUCUACUUCAGAAACCUCGAAUUUAGGGACAGAACUUCAACACGACAAAAUGGAAGACUUUGGGAAAGUUCCGCAUGCUGGUGACACAGCAUCAACAUCGAGUGUUUGUUCAUCUAAGGAUAUGCUGGGAGCAGCGCAAGUAACAAUCGAGUUACUUCAUGGUGAGGUGAAGAUGUGGGAAGAAGGUUCUAGAAAGCUGAUGACUGACGUGGACAGACUGCGGAAGGAGCUACAGAAGAAGUCAAAGCAUAAAAAAGAUCUUGAAAUGGAGCUAUCAGCAUCGCGCAAAGAGAGCAGUGAUCUGAAGGAAGAAAUUCAACGGCUAACCGCUAUGGUGAAACAAAAUGGCAGCAGAAAUCACAGGCUUCAGAUUGAAGAGAUGGAUAAUAUCAUAAAGGAGUUGAAAGAUGAGAUCAAUUAUCAGAAAGGUCUUAAUCAUGACUUGGAAGUGAAGCUAAAUAAAACACAGGAGUCAAACAUUGAUAUUGUUUCCAUUUUCCGGAAUUUUGAAAAGAAAGUAGAAAAGCAGAAAAUGGAGAUUGCUCGUCUAUCAAGGAUUAGUAUUCAGUUUCAAGAUGCUGAAAAUAAUAGUCGCGGGAUCGAAGACAGUGAGGAAGAGGACUUCAGUUUGAGCAUAGAAGCUAUGCCACAGAUAACGAGAAAGGAGUUCUGUCAUUCAGGUUUUGAUUUCAGUACUAAUGAAAAUGCAAUAAGAUGCCUUCAUGAAGGAAUUGAACUGCAAGAAUUUAGGAACAUGGAGACAGAACGCCAAGUCAUGCGAGAGAAACAAAAAAGCAUGCAAAGCACUAUCCAGUUUCUGGAGAAAACUCUGGAUGAGAAAGAUCAAAAGAUGCAAACUGCAACAAGACAUUUUAUGGCUCAAACGCUUGAAGAAAAUGAAGCAAAAUGGAGAAAUAGACUGUUUGAGAAAGAGAAACAAAUCGCAAACUUCGAAAAGAAGUUAUAUGGCAGUGUUAAUGCUUUCAGCAAUGAAAUAUUAGCUUUAACACAAAAGGUGCAAGAUCUUGAAGCAGAAUUUCGCAAGAGGCAUGGAGAGUCCAAAGAGGAUCUUGUCGUUUCUGGUUCCUUUCCUUCGAACUCUCUGCUCUAUCACUUUGACACUGCUAUCAACAUCACUGAAGCAUUCCUAGAGUUAUAUAAGCAGCUUCUACUUUCAGUAGAAAACCUGAAGGAUCAAGACUCCCCCAAAAAUGAGAGUUGUUUCAAUAUGUCAGAGCUUUCGAAAGUUGCCGGUAAAAUGGAUUUGAAGGAAUUGACGGAGGGAAUCUUGUGCACCAUUAUCCAGUUAACUAAGCUGCUAGAAUCAAAGGCUGCUUCCUUUGAAAAUGAGAUGAAUCCUCAAAAUGAAGUAAGGGAUUUGUCUGAGUUAGAAAGUUCAUAUGAUAACCAGCAUGCUAUAUUUGAACUAGAGGCAGAAGUUGCACAGUUAUCGGAACAGAUAUCUGGCUUGGAAGCUGAAGUGAGACAUCUGAAUGAAGAAAAGGCGUUGACUCAUUUGGCCCUAGAGAAUUCCGAAAAUAUUGUCAUAUACCUCCAGGCUGAGAUCAGGAGAAUGGAAAAUAUAAAUGAGGGCCAAAAAAUAGAUUUAAAAAUAAUGGGAGAGAGCAUACAGAAAAAAUGGACAGAAGCUCAAGAGGAGUGUGAUUUUCUGAAAGGAUCCAACUUAAAAUUACAAGCUACAAACGAAAAUUUGAUUCAAGUAUCUAAAACCCUUCAGAUGGCAAAUGGUGAGUUAAGAAUGCGAAACUUCGCGUUGCACAACCGAUAUACAGUACUGGAAUCUAAACUGGGGGAAUCACAAAUUACAUUUUCUGAUAUAAUGAAAUUUAUUGAAGACUUGGAAUGCAAAUUUACUUCAAUACUGGAAGAAAUUGCUUUGAAAGAAAAAACCAUAAAUGUAGACCUAGAAGCACUUCUUCAGGAAAGCAUAAAGCAAAAUGAAAGGUUUACUAUAGAAGAGAGAUUUUUAACACAGAUGUAUAUGGAAAAAGCAGCUGAAGUGAGCAACUUGCAGAGAGAGGUUGAACACCUAACAGACCAGAUAUCUGACAUCUAUGAUAGACACAACAUAAUUGCCUCUAAAGUUGUACUUGAUGUCUAUGAUUUAUGCGCUGAUAAAGCUAUUACUGAAUCUGCUCUUCAAGAAGAACAGGAGAAAGUAAAGCUAUAUGAAGCAAAGCUUGAUAAUCUUCAAGCAGAAUAUGAAAUCACAGUGCAUAAUUAUAAUAAAGAGUUGGCUGCUAUGAGGGAAAAACAUGAAACUCUGAUGGUUAAUCAUGAAAAAACAGUUGUUUUGUUGGGAAGCUCCAAAUCAAAUGAAGAGAAACUGGAGGGCAUUGUUAGAGGGCUCGAGGUGGAGCUGAAAGACUCUGAACUAGAGAGGCUACAAGCAACAGAAGAAAUUUCUGAACUCGAAGUUCAACUUCAGAAAACUGUAGUGCUUCAAAAUGAACUCUUCAUCCUCAAGAAAUCACUAUAUGAAGCAGAAAUUGAAUACAGAAGACUGGAAGCUUCAUAUCAGAUGCUAUCCUUAGAGUAUGAUGUGCUGAAGGCUGAGAAAGUAUCCUACAUGCAAAGACUCUUAACCACUGAGAAAGUUACAUCAGAGUUCGAAGACUGCAAGCGUACUAAAGUUGAGCUUGAGGACAAAAUCAUUCGGCUGGAAUGGGAUCUAACCACAAAAGAAGCUUCUUGGCGUAAUAAUGCUCGGUUGAAGUAUGAACUUGCCCAGGUGACAAGAGAAAAUGGUGAGCUAUUUAAGGAGAAAGAUUCUCUUCGACAAGAGAAUGAAGAAUACCAAAAGAAAGUUAAAUCUCUUGAAGAAAAGCUGAAGCAAAAAGAUGAUGAACAAGAACAAUUUAUAGACAAAGAUAGAAUGUAGUACUACUACAACUGCCCGGGAUGAUUUGAAGCUGUCACAGGAGGAGAAUAAUUGCAGCGGCAUCAAAUCCAGCAAGAUGCAAGUUUUACUGUCACAUAUUUCCAGCGUCACAACAAGCUUCUGGCUGAAUAAUAUCCCAAGCAGUUUACACCGACACCAGUUUCUUUAUUCAUUGUUUGUUUUGACGUAUACUACAAGUCAUAGGAGUGUUGCGAAGUCAUAGUUUAUUCAUUCAUUUAAAAGACAACGAUUCUAGGAAAUUUCAAUUCAUAUAAGACUGUUAGAGAUUUAUUUUCAUGUACUUAAAAUUACGAUCAUUGUAAUUCUUUGGAAGUUGCAGGAGAUCCGUAUUCUCUUUAUCUUUGACACCUGUUUAUAACUUGUUGUAUUCCUGACAUGGCCAGUCAUCUAGAAUUAUUCAGCAGAAUUUAAACAGAAAUUGUCCAAGUUAAAUAUUACUAAAGAUUAUAUAUAUUUUUUACACAAUUAUUAUA